AUGAAGCAGACAUCAGUUCACGUAAAGGCUGAGUACUUCAAUUCCAAGCGUGACCCAACCACCCCAGUGCGUAACACUUUUGCUGAUCCUCCACCUGCUUCAGUACCCACCCCAGCCUCACCUCAACAUUCUACUCCCGCCCCAAGUACCCAGGGUACCCCACACCCAAAAAGGAAGGAUAGCUGUCAACAUACCUUCAGCAAUAGCAAGCAUGGCAGACAUGGCAACCACCACCAGUCUAGUGGAAGCAACCCUCCCAAGACAAGUGAUCGGGCGCCACUCCCCUUCACACCCAAGCCUAGGUUCGAGGUCUUCACUACCCUCAACACCACCUACGAGAAUGUCCUAGUGCACGAGGCACUUAUCAUACCCAAGCCUCCCCCCCGGACACCAGACAACAAGCCUAUGCCUAACACGGGUGUCUUAUGUCGCUUUCAUCAGUUCGGUGGCCACGAUACCGAAUCUUGUGUUGCAUUGCACAACAUCAUUGAAGGCCUUAUUCGUGAGGGCAAGCUGGACAAAUAUGUGCACCAUCUCCCACCCCCUCCACCUAACCCUCACUAA